ACAAUGAUGCCAUGCAGUCCCAUCUAGAGCCUGAGCUGUAUGCUGUCAGGCAUAUUAAGGAGAACAGUCAUGUGGGAGAAGAAGAUACAAGCCAGAGCCUUCCUGUCUUACCUCCAGGUUGGGGAUGUCCUCCAUUGGUGCCACCUCCAAGUCCUUCUAGACCUAAAAGCCCAUGGGGAAAACUGGACCCCUACGACUCGAGUGAGGAGGACAGAGAGUAUGUUGGAUUUGCUACCCUUCCCAACCAGGUUCAUCGAAAGUAUGUGAAGAAAGGCUUUGAAUUCACUCUAAUGGUUGCAGGUGAAUCUGGUCUGGGAAAGUCCACUCUUAUAAACAGUCUUUUUCUGACAGAUCUGUAUCGGGGCCGUCAGCUUCCAAGCCCAGAAGAGAGGGUAACACAGACUAUAGAAAUUGUGAAGCAGACAGUGGAUAUUCAGGAGAAGGGCGUCAGACUCCGUCUCACCGUAGUGGACACACCAGGCUAUGGGGAUGCCGUAAACAAUGAAGAGUGCUGGAAGCCAGUGGCUGAUUACAUUGACCAACAAUUUGAGCAAUAUUUCAGAGAUGAGAGUGGCUUAAACCGAAAGAAUCUCCAGGACACGCGUGUACAUUGUUGUCUGUAUUUCCUGUCACCUCUAGGACAUGGAAUGCGACCUCUGGACAUAGAAUUCCUACGAGCACUUCAUGAUAGAGUGAAUAUUGUCCCAAUUCUGGGAAAGGCUGACAGUCUGACACCAAAAGAGCUCAUUCAAAAAAAGCAAAGGAUUCGUGAAGAAUUGGAUCAUUAUGGAAUUCAAAUUUAUCAGUUUCCAGAUUGUGACUCUGAUCAAGAUGAAGAGUUUAAAAUGCAAGAUACGGAACUGAAGAAAAGCAUCCCUUUUGCUGUGAUCGGUUCCAAUACCAUUGUGGAGGUGAAUGGGAAACGUGUUAGGGGCCGUCUGUAUCCUUGGGGAGUUGUAGAAGUGGAAAAUGAGCAUCACUGUGACUUUGUCAAGUUGCGCACAAUGCUGAUCCGUACACACAUGCAAGACCUUAAGGAUGUGACAAGAGAAACCCACUAUGAAAACUACCGGGCACAGUGCAUCCAGAGCUUGACACAACGGGUGGUGAGGGAACGCAAUCGCAAUAAACUGACUCGAGAAAGUGGUACAGAUUUUCCAAUUCCCAGCGUGCCUCCAUCACCAGACCAUGAGACGAUGAAACUCAUCCGUGAAAAGGAUGAGGAGUUGCGGAGAAUGCAGGAGGUCCUGCAGAAGAUGCAGAAGCAGAUGAAAGACUCAAAUUAAAACUUUGCUGUGCCACCUCCAAACACUCAUCGUAAUACCUCAAAUUCUC